GUACAUGAUUUUGAAUGUCAUGCGCAAUUUCGAUGCACACGCUAGCGGGCUAUACGUCUACAAUGUCAUAAUGCGCGAUCGGAAUUAUAGAUGAAUAGAUCAGGGGCUAUUUCUUUAUUUAUUUUACUCGUUUCUUGAUUUUCCAGUAGAGAACCAGAAACGAAAGAGGCUGAAAUACGUCAACUUAACAAAAAAUGAUGAUUCGUUUGCAUGUUAAGGUAGAAAAACGAUUGGCUAUCCCACACGGACCCUGAAGGACGGUGGAGGUGUUGAAACGAAAACAAACUUUUUUUUUUUAUCGAAGAAGAGAACUUAGAGAUUAUGAUUAACAAUAUGAACAAGUUCAGUUUUUUGUUUUUCGUAGCGACGGGAUAUAUAGUUCCGAGCCAAUGCGAGAUUUACUCAUUGAACUACAUCUACACUGCCCUGUCAAAGCCAGUUGAAUUGCCUGGUAUCCAUGAGUUCACUGCCAUGGGCCUGAUGAAUGACAAACAGAUUGACUACUAUGACAGCGAUAUCAAGCAGAAGAUUCCCAGACAGGACUGGAUGAAGGAGAAGCUGCCACCAGACUACUGGGAAAAAGGCACUCAGUCCCGUAAGAGCAAGGAGCAGUGGUUCAAAGUCAACGUCAACAUCCUGAUGGAACGUAUGAAGCACAACAAGACUGAUGUUCAUAUUCUUCAGUGGAAGCAUGGCUGUGAGGUUGACAAACAGAGUGAUGGUACAUUGAAAUUCAUAAAGGGCACUGACCAGUACAGCUAUGAUGGUGAUGACUUCCUGGCCUUUGAUGAUGUCACUAGUCAGUGGGUGGCCCCAGUUGAUCAAGCUCUGCCAACCAAGAGGAAGUGGGAUGGGGUACAGAUCCUGAACCAGUACACCAAGGGUUACCUGGAGAAGGAGUGUGUGGACUGGCUGUCCAAGUUCAUGUCAUAUGAGCACACAGAAUUCAGUAGUACUGACGCCCCUCCAAAAGUCUUUGCGUUUGCUAAAAAGGCCAAAACUGAAGGACAUGUUCGACUGACCUGCAUGGCAACAGGUUUCUAUCCCAAAGAUGUGCAAAUGCAGAUUAUGAAGAAUGGUGUCCCAUUGACUGAACAUGAUGGAGUCUAUUCUGAAGGAGUCCUACCCAAUAAUGACGACACCUACCAGAUCAGGAAGAGUGUGCAGAUCCCAGAGGCAGACACAAAUGAUUAUGAAUGCCAUGUUGACCACAGAACACUGACAGAGCCAUUUGUGAAAAAAUGGGAUGGAAUAUGCUGUGAUUGUGGAAUAAACAUAGGUGCCAUAAUUGGUCCUGCUGUUGGCGUGGUGUUCCCACUCCUCUUCCUCCUCAUAUUUGUGGUUCUGUGGAAAAUACAUAUCGGAAGACUACCUUGGGCCCCGGUCCCUCAAAAUGUCUAUGGUAAUGAAAUGACCAACACCCCAGGGGACUCAGAUGGAGAUGGAGUGAACUAAAGCAGGCUGCCUAAUGGAAGUGGCUAGAUGACCAUUGCCUGCCAACAACCCUAUUAGAACAAUGGAUGGUUAAUCAUUUUAUACACUUUGCGUUGCUGUUGCUUUCUAAUCAGACUGAUCGAUUCUUAUUAGCUAGUGUUUAAAUUACUUUGUUGCAGUGUGUGUUGCAGUGUGUGUUUCAAGUGUUUCAUUUCAUUAUGUUUCAUGUUCUUGAGUGAAAAUGUGUAAUGGGAGUAAUAAAGUGGGUUUUCAUGUGC